GGGUUCAAAAUGGCUGAACCUAGGGAGCCACCCCCACUAUUUGACGAGGAAAACGAACAAAAUAAAGAUGAAGACGAUGAUCUCUUCGCACCGGCUGUAACUGAUUCACCAGAAACUAAACAGGAAGUGAAUGAGAAGACGGAGGAGACUGUUGCAGAGGUUGAACCAGUAAACCUGCUGGAUGGAGGCGGUGAGGAAGUUAGUUUGGAUUCACCGGCACAAGAAGCUGGUAAAGAAGAGCCGGCUGGUGCUGCAAACAUUGGCACCGAGCCGGUGGAUCCAGUACAGCAGAAAGCUACCACCGUCAAAGCGCCUGCAUCAACUAACGGCAAGAUGAAGUAUCGAUCACCAAAGGAUGAGAUUGAGAAAGAAGACAGUGAAGAUCUGUUUAUCGUGAUAAAGGUUUCUCAGCCACAAAAAGUUGGUGAUGGGAUAGGCUCUUACGUGACAUACAAGAUGGAUGAGGCUGAUGAGUGGUUUGAAGAGAAACAGCAGCAGCUGGAGAAUCUAGACAACCAGCUGAGGAAGCUUCACGCGAGUGUAGAGGCACUGCUGCAUCACCGCAAGCAGCUGAGUGUACAGGUUCCGGAUACAGGCGAUACCCGGGGCAGAAAACGUUGGGGCCGACUUCUUGAGCCGACACGUACUGGGCGAGAAAGAAGCGAACGCAUAAGAACAGGAACUGGCUAACCGGUUCCUAUGUGUUGGAAGCGGUGUCUGGCGUCCCCGCUUAAUUAAGGGGGGACGCAUUGUCACGGUUAGCCGGUUCCCGUCGACCGGCAUCGAAGCCACACAGCUAGGCUGUGCACCUGGCCAGCUGGCGGCACGCGCGCGAGGCGGGCAGUACCGUGCGAGAGGGCA